CUCAAGUAAUGAGAAAUCUGAAGAACGCCGCAAUCGCCUUGCUUACCCCGCUCCCUUCCAUCUUCUUCUACCUUUUUUUUCUCCGCCACUACCGAUGCUCCUUGUUAUCCUCCUCUUCCCUCUCCAACGCUUCCAGCCCUCUUUGGGAAUGGUGUUACAAGCACCCUCUCAUGCUAUCCAACGUCAUUUUCUUCGCCAACGUUGACGUCCUCUUUUGGAUCAUCGGCCUUCUUCAGUCUAAGCACUGGAUGAUCGACCUAUACUGGACCAUAAUUCCAGUCAUGCUAAUUCAUUUCUUCGCAAGCCAUCCUCUGGCGCGAGCAAAUGUGGUGAGAUCGAUGGUGGCGAUUGUUCUUACCUAUAUUUGGAGCAUACGGCUCACCCAUAGUUAUUUCAGGAGGGAGGAAUGGGAAUGGGGAGCUAGGGAGGAUUGGAGAUUUAAUAAGUUGAGAAAGCAGUACGGGAAACAUUGGUGGUGGGUUUCAUUCUUUGCCGUGUAUGUGUCUCAGCAGAUCUUUCUGAUUGGCAUUUGUCUGCCACUAUAUGCAAUUCAUUCCAGCAAUAAGCCAUGGGGAUUUUGGGAUUUCAUGGCUACCUGUACAUGCAUUAGUGGAAUUGCGAUUGCCUUCUUUGCCGAUACACAGCUCUACAAUUUCAUGCAAAGAAAUGAAGUUCUAAAAGUAGAAGGUUCCCCAACAGUGCCUAACCUGAACAAAGGCUUGUGGUACUACUCUCGCCAUCCAAAUUAUUUUGGGGAGCAGUUAUGGUGGUGGGGCUUAUUUGUAUUUGCUUGGAAUGUGGGAGAAGAAUGGAUGUUUCUCGGGCCAUUUGUGAAUAGCCUUUGCUUAGCCUAUGUCACCGUUCUCGUCGAACAACGAAUGCUUAAUCGAGAAGACCGAGCAGCAGCUUACCGACAUUAUCAGAAGAUGACUUCUGUAUGGAUCCCUUGGUUUAAGUUAGCCAUUAAAGAACCAAAGGUGAAGAAAAUUUGAUGUUUGCAAUCAUUUAAUUGGAAUUGAAGUUCUUUUCUUUUGUGGUCUCUAGUGCUUUAUUGUCUUUGAAAUGUUUUUGUAGUAUGGAUCCUGCUUUCUUGAAGAGCAGAGUUCCUUUGUGACACUGCUUUCUUGAAGAGCAGAAGUUUAUUACUCAGUUUCUGGUUAAGUAUAUUCGUUUGUAUAUUUGCCAUAGAAUAUGAUAUAAGAGAUUAUCAGUCA